GGGAAAGUUCCAGGGAAUCAGUCUGGACCCGAGCUGCUUAUGAAUCGCGGGACGAGAGCUACGACGGAAGGGGUGGAAUACACCAGCAAAACGUCAUUCCGUUUAACCCCGCCAGGUGGGGGUUGCAGCACCCAAGAGACCACCGACAUUGGAAGCCCGUCGAAUCCACUGGGGAGAGGGAGGAGCACCAAGUCCGAGGCACUGGCUGGCUGCUGCUGCUCUCUGACUCGCAGCCUGCUUUCGGCGACUCAUUAUUAUUAUGUACCCCUCGUUCACUUCCUCCCUUCUUCUUCCCCCAUCCUCAUCAUCCUCAAAUCUUGAAUUUAUCUCUAGAUCCAAGGUAGUCAGAUCUCAUAAACCGCCAAAAUGGUCAAGGCUGUCGCUGUCAUCCGUGGAGACUCCAAGAUCUCCGGCACUGUCACUUUCGAGCAGGCCGACGAGAACACCCCCACCACUAUCUCGUGGAACAUCACCGGCCACGACGCCAACGCUGAGCGUGGCUUCCACGUCCACCAGUUCGGUGACAACACCAACGGCUGCACCUCCGCUGGCCCUCACUUCAACCCCUUCGGCAAGACCCACGGUGCCCCCGAGGAUGCCGACCGUCACGUCGGUGACCUGGGCAACUUCAAGACCGAUGCCGAGGGUAACGCCGUUGGCUCCAAGCAGGACAAGCUGGUGAAGCUCAUCGGUGCUGAGAGCGUCCUGGGCCGGACCCUGGUCGUCCACGCCGGUACCGAUGACCUCGGCCGUGGUGGCAACGAGGAGUCCAAGAAGACCGGUAACGCUGGUCCUCGUCCCGCCUGCGGUGUCAUUGGCAUUGCCGCUUAAGUGUCGAAUUAAUCUCCAAAGCUGUUGGUCUAGGAGAUGAAGGGCUUAGUCAAAAUGAAAUAGUCUGCCGAUAUCUAGUCGCCGCUAGGAAAUAAAAUGAAC